AAUGAGAAAAUGGUGGAACAGCAAAUGCUUAUUGAUCAGCUAAAACAGAAAUUGGAGAAGUUUACAGAUGUGAAAACUUCAGACUUCUCAAGUGCUUGUGAAGAUGGGCCAGCUGUUGUGGCAUCUGCAAGCAGGCCAUACAGUGUCCCACUCACAAAGAGUCUGCUACAUUCUCUUCAGCCACCUUCAGGGACAGAGACCCGAAAGGUGUAUACAAGCCCCCCUGCCUUCUCCCUGGCCCGGGUGAUGGCAAAAUUCCGUGCUCGCAGCCAGAUGGCACUGAGCCACAUAGAAGAUCAGGAUAAAGUCCUUCACUGCCACUUCUCUGACCAAAGUGAUGAAGAGGAUGAAAAUACAGGCAGCAAAAAGAAAACCUCGUUUAAGCAUUCCAUAAACCGAACAUGGACACGAAAACAGGCUUCUCUGUGCUUUCUUCCUGAUCUAAGUGACAUGAAGUGUCAGGUACACAAGUCUGGUUUAUCCAACAAAUCUGCGCUACAGAGUGGCACAACCACAGGUGAAGAGAUUGACAACCUCCAAAAAAGUCAUGUUUUUAACAUGCAGAAGUUAAAGAAUUCAGAGUUGAGAUUCACUGAGGCCGAGCAAAAACUAAGAGAACUCGCACUUAAUAUCAAAAUGAAAGAGGAACUUAUUAAGGAAUUAGCAAGAACAGGCAAGGAUGCUCAGUCUGUAAGCAGGCAGUGUUCUUUGAAGAUAACUAAACUAGAGCAAGAAUCUGAGCAGGCCAAACUGGAACUGGCUGAAAUGCAAAAGCAGCUUCAGGAGCUGGAGAGUAAUCAGGAGCUGAGAGACAUUCCUGAGAAAACAAAGUUACAAAAGGAAUUCCGGAAGAAGAUGGAUGCAGCUAAGUUGAAAGUGCAGGCCUUACAGAAGAAGCAGCAAGACACUAAGAAUCUGGCUUCAUUAUCUAACCAAAGUGAGAGACAAGCAACAGAACUUGAGCAGAAUGUGGCUCAGAUGAAGCGUCAGCAGACCCAGCUACAGAAGAGAUUGUGUGAGGAGAGCGAAAAAAAGAAGCAACUAGAAGCAGAGAUUCAGCGGGACCAGCAACAAAUUAAGGAACUUCAACUAAAGAUGGAGCAACAACAGAAGAUCCUUCAACUUAAGGAUAAGGAGAUUGCUGCAUUUAAAAAGAAGAAAAAUGACUCAGUGGAAACUUCACAGAAGCUACAGAAAUUAGAAGAGCAAAAGAAAUGUUUGGAUGAAGAAAUGGAAAAAAUUCUCCAACAGCACCAACAGUUAGCAGAACUAGAAGAAGAUUUAAAGAAAAGAGAAGCCAUUGUAGCCAAAAAAGAAGCAUUAUUGCAAGAGAAAAGCCACCUGGAAAUCAAGAAACUGAGAUCUAGCCAGGCUUUAAACAAAGAUAGUAUGAAAUUGUCUACUCGCUUAAGUAUGCUGGAUCAGGAACUGUGUGAUAAAGGUAUGCAGCUUCAGGGCAGCACCACUGAAGAUAAGACAGACAUUUUGGAAAAAAUACAAGUUCUCCAGACGGAAAGGGAUCAGCUGCUCAGAAGAAGAAGCAGUGUGGAUGAGAAACUGAAAGAUGGUAAAGUGUUGUCAGCUGAAGAAGAACAUGUCCUUUUCCAGCUGGAGGAAGGAAUUGAAGCCCUGGAGGCUGCUCUUGAUUAUAAGAAUGAAACUAUUCAGAAUCGCCAGCAUUUGCUUAAGUCAUCUUCUCAGAUUCUUUCACAGAGUGAGAAUAAUGUAAUAGGAAAACUAGUUUCCCUGUCUGCUACUGAGCUCAGAGCUAUCAUCUUCAAGUAUUUCAAUAAGAUUGUUGGCCUUCGUGAGUCUGAACGAAAAUUACAACUGCAGAUUGAAGAACAGGAAAUGAAAGUCAUAGACCAGGAAAACAUAAUACGUGAAUUAGAAUCUGCACUUGACCAUGUGAAGUUGCAGUGUGACAGGCAGCUGACCCUACAACACAAAGAACAUGAGAAAAAACUACAGCUGAUACUGCAUCAUUUCAAAGAACAAGACAGUGAAGGUAUUGCAGAAACCUUGAAAGCAUAUGAAGUAAAAGUCCAGCAACUGGAAAAAGACUUAUUCUUCUAUAAGAAAACAAGCAGAGUGCUGAAGAAGAAGUUGAAGGGCCUAACUGGAGAGUCAUCCCAUCAAUUAUGGGCAUCCACUAAGU